AUGGCCAUGCUUCCUGGCGACAACAAUCCUCCACUGGCAGUACUGGGCGCUAAUCCUGAGAAGAGGGAGGCUAGCACCUCCACUCCUAUGAUGAUCGCGAAAAUCUCUCCUGUAGAUAUGGCUAAGGAGGAGGAGGAGGAAGGGGAGAUCUUGGAAUAUCUAACAACUUUAUUUUCUCUCACUAGUCUCGAUGGUAUCAAGGCUAGUGGCGAAGGCAAUGAGCGCGAACCUGCAGCACCAAUGACACCAAUUGCUCCAUUGAAAAAUAAGAAGUGGUCAUGGUGGCAACUAGGUUCUGAAGCUAUGAAUGUUGGGAAACGCGUCUUACAAGCUACAACUGCGGUCUUUGCAUAUUCUGAGGAUGCUUCAGAGAGCGCCCCUAACAAUCAGACUCCUGCCACCAAGGAUGAGCGCUCGCCUCAAGAAAAUAAUUGUGAACUCCCUCCCAAAUUAAAACCCUCUGCAAGUCAAUGUGGCCACAGCCAAAGUGCUUUAAAUAUUAAGCAACAGUCGGGGCGUGUCGAAGAGGAAGAUGGUGAAUCUGAACAAGGAUCUUUUGAGCCCCGCACCCUAAAGCAACCCACUUCGGCCCCGAUUCUAGCAAUCAAGAUUGUCACUGAUGAACUUGGCCCCAUCGCCCCUUGGAAUGACAAAUGCUCUGACAAUGUUAUCGACGGCAAACUAGCGAAAGACGAGGUCGAUGUUCAGUCGCAACUCGGGGAUGAGAAAGAACGAAGGAUGGAGGCUGGAAUCACGGGGGCUCCUGACGACAACAACUUUGGAUCGAUUCUUAGUCCUUGUGAAAAAGAUGGAGAUCUGAAAAAACACUACUACUUCGACACCCCGAGGGGCUCCUACUACUUUGACAACCGCCGUAACUUGUAUUCGGAAAGUGACGGCUGGCUGGCCACUUGCUCACUCGACCUAGACUUGAACACUCCCUUCCCUCACUUCUGCAUUGGUGAUGCGAAAUACUGGUUCCACAACGGCCUCUGGGUCCUCGGGUCUGACAAUAUCUUCUAUCCUGUUGAGUUGUGGAUGGAAGACAAUGAUAAUGUGGUAAACAUACUGGACGGCUCUGGUGUCCCGAACCCAGCCUUCGCGGCUGCUGGUGACCCGAGUUUGGCAGGGCUGGAAUCUCCUGAAACUCAGGAUCUCGGCAAUUUUCUGUCGUCUUUUGAUAGAUCGGGGGUCUCGGACAACGUUGGGGAAGUAUUCCCAAAAGGUGUUACCGCACAUGACCCCUCGACAGAAAAAUUCAUAAGCGCAGAAGCCAACAUUUGUGAGCCGGACCACACGUUCGACUUGUCAGUGCUCCCAUCGCAAGGAAUCAAAGAUCUGAUUUAUUUCGAGUAUCCACAAUUACUGGCUUUUGACAAGAUGCCAGCGCCCGAGGAUUGCACCACCGUCCCGCAACCUGACUUGAGCCUCAAAUCUCAGCGUGACUCUGGCCCCGCUCUGGUAGCUACGCCAGUCUCCGACACACGCGCUCUUGCACCCAAGGAAGUAGCGAAACCUAAAACUCCGGAACUCAACUCAUACUCACUUCAACGAGCGCUUCAAGGUAACCCUCUCAUUACUUUUUCACCAAACACGCAACUCGCUAUCCCGCCUUGCAUCUCUUACCCUACUGCUGGUGAUACGGUACCCAAUGAUACGUCAUUGUUCGCUGCGAGUAGCCCUCCCUCGGACGUACCAGCCACUUGUGUAUCACAAGACCGUGUUGCCAAGCUCCUAAAAGCGCCCGCUGUGCGCCAUGUAGUAAAGAAACGCAAAGGAGUAGAGCAUCGGCGCUGCCCUGUUUGCAGUAAGGUCUUCCGCAGACCAUGUAGCUUAGUCGAGCACAUCCGUGUCCACACCGGCGAAAAGCCGUACGGAUGCCCAUUCAUGGGGUGUACUGUCGCAUUCGCCACCAAGCAGAACAUGAAGCGACACUUCCUUGGGCACCAAGCCGGCCCACUGGAGAACUACACCCCUUAUGCGAUGUCUAUGCUCAGUGAAACCUCCUUAUUCGACAAAAACGCCAAAUGUAACGAGACCGAGUGGGGGGAAGAACAUCCUACUAACGACAGGUACAUGCCCUAUGGCCCUGCGCCCCACCUCGCUAGGCGAUUCCGCGUCUAA